AUGGAGGGCGGUGGGAAGGUGGCCUACAGCUAUGGCGGCGGCCUCCACCACGACACCAAGCUGCUCAAGAGCUUCAGCAGCGUGGAGCCCCGCAAGUUCGGGAUCGGCCUCUUCGCCGGCCUCCUCAUCGUCACCUGCGCCUACUUCUCCACCGCCAAAUUCGACGCCGUCCACAUCGCCAUGAGCAAGCAACCGAUAAGCUCCGCCGCCAAGAAUGCAGUUGGGUUUAGCUCGCCGGUCAACGCGGGAGAUAAUUCGAAGCAGCCACUGGAUUUGGGCGAGCAAGAUCAAGACGCAUUGUCGAAGGAGGGGAGGAGCAAGGCUGAGGCUGAGAAAGAUGACGUCGGCGGCGGCAUUUCCAAUUCUGGCAUUGCUGUUGCCACUACGGCGCCACCGGAUCCUGCGGCGGAGGGCGGCAAGGAUGAUGAGGUUGCUGAGAAGGAUGAUGACCCAAGCGUCGUUGCUGUUCUCCCUCCCCUGUCAUCAGAUUCCGCAGACACCGCGCAAGCAUCAGGUGUUCUUGAAGAUCAGGAACUGCAGGUGCAGAAUGCUGUAGCGGAAGCUGCUAAUCCACCCGAGAACAGCGAUGGCGUCAGCAGCAGCACCAAUGGCAGCUCCCCCUCCGUGAUCCCAUUUCCAUCUGAUCCUGCUGAAAUCCCUGCUCCUGCCCCCUCUCCGGCAGUCGACGCUCCUGCUGACCAGAUUCCAGAAAUGGAGGCCCCUCCUCCUCCCACUCCAAUCCAACUGAUUCCACCUACUCCAGAGGUCAAGCAAGCAGAUUGGGAGGCGCCGGCGCCGGAAUGGAAGCCGCUGUGCGACGUCACGUCGAACCACCGCAUCGACUGGUGCGAGCUCGACGGCGACGUCCGCGUGCUCGGCGCCAACGCCAGCGUCACCCUGGUGGCGCCGCCGGGCGCGGACGGCCGCACCUUCCGGGAGGAGUCGUGGCGCAUCAAGCCGUACCCGCGCAAGGCCGACCCGAACGCCAUGCGCAACGUCCGCGAGGUGACGGUGCGGUCGGUGUCCGGCGGCGCGCCGGCGUGCACGGACCGGCACGACGUGCCGGCGCUGGUGUUCUCGGACCGCGGGUACACGGGCAACUACUUCCACGCGUACACGGACGUGGUCCUGCCGCUGUUCCUGACGGCGCGGCAGUACGCCGGCGAGGUGCUGCUGCUGGUGACCAACCACCAGGCGUGGUGGGUGGGCAAGUACGCGCCCGUGUUCAGGAGCCUCUCCAAGUACGAGCCGGUCGACCUGGACCGCGACCCGCGCGUGCACUGCUUCCGCCGCGUCCAGGUCGGGCUCACCAGCCACGACGACUUCAGCAUCGACCCGCGCCGCGCGCCCAACGGCUACUCCAUGCUCGACUUCACCGCGUUCCUGCGCGCCGCCUACGGGCUCCCCCGCGACGCCGUCCUCCCCGUCGCGCCGCGGGGGCAGGGUCAGGGGCGGCGGCCGCGCCUCCUGGUGAUCUCGCGCGCGCGCAACCGGCGGUUCCUGAACGUGGAGCAGAUCGCGCGCGGCGCGCGGAGGGUGGGGUUCGAGGUGGUGGUGUCGGAGGGCGGCCACGAGGUGGCGCCGUUCGCGGAGCUGGCCAACAGCUGCGACGCCGUCGUGGGCGUGCACGGCGCGGGGCUGACGAACAUGGUGUUCCUGCCGAGGGGCGCGGUGGUGAUCCAGGUGAUCCCGCUGGGCCCGCUGGAGUUCGUGGCGAGCUACUUCCGGGGCCCGUCCAGGGACAUGGGGCUCCGGUACCUGGAGUACCGGGUGGCGCCGGAGGAGAGCACGCUGGUGGACAGGUACCCGCGCGACCACCCCGUGAUCGCCGACCCGGGGAGCAUCAAGGCUAAGGACUGGGUGUCCUUCAUGGGGGUCUACCUCUUCGAGCAGGACGUGCGCCUCGACAUGAAGCGGUUCCGCCCUGUGCUCAAGAAGGCGCUCUCGCGCCUUAGAGCCAAGCCCAAGAAUAACUAAGCAUGUACUAGCUAGCUAGGAGUAUUUCUCAUCAUCACAUUGUAAUUUAGUACCUCUAGUCUCUAGACACAUUUUCAAGGACAGUAAAAAGAACUAUCUCUACCCAAAAAAAAAACUAUCUGCAUAUAGA